AUUUGAUAAUUAAAAAACAAAUAGUCAAUUUUAAUGUUAGUUAUUCGUAUGUAAUUAUAUAGGUUUCAUUCUUAAAUAUUAUUUCAUUCUCUUUUAAAAAUGCAUUUUAUAAGUAAACUAUUUUUUCAAACAAACUUGCUCAUUGCAUGUUUUAUUCAAAAUUUAAAUAAAGAGACUUAUAAAUAUUUUCAUCCUUUGAAUUGUUUAAUGAGACAGUAGUUAACUAAAUAGCUAUUUUACCGAUUUACAAUUAACAAAUAUAAUAACUGUUUGAAGUAACAAUAAAAUUUUAUUGAAUUUUGAUUGUGGAGAUGGAGGUUAUAUGUUGUAGGAUUAUUUAACAUCGAACAAUGAUACGUUAUCUGUUUAUUGCUAGCAUAAUAAAAUUUGUGUAGCGCAAUUGACAAAGCUAAAUGGUUUUAAUAAUCUUUAUCUAUAUAGUGUGUGCAAAUAUAAGUGCUAUGUAUAUUCGAUAUCAAAUUUUAGAAUUGUAUGAUAGGAGUGUCUUGUACUGUGAACUUUCGAGAGAGUGCGGAUCGAAUCGUUGCAAUCAGUCUGCAACAAAAAGUAUCAAUAAAUAUAAAAAAACUCCAAUUCUUCGAACAAAAAAUGUAGUAAUUUUUUUUUCUUUCAUGAUGCCUGCUUUAUAAAAUAAAUUGUAAAAGAAUACAUUCUCCAAUCUAAUUCAUAAUUUUUAGAAAACAUGUGUCAGGAAAAAACCAUAGGGUACUAUAUAUUUUUGUGUAUUGAACAAAAUUGUAUAUGAGAUGAUAAAUGUUUACAACUUAUUAUUAUUUUUAUAUCAAUUUAUUAUUGACUAGAUGUUACUACUUUCUUUUUAGUUGUACCAGCACAUUUUGCAGAUUUACAAAUUUCUGAUGGAUCGUUUUCCUUAACAGAUAUUAAUUUACCUGCAUUGUUGUAUGCUACACAUUCCAAAGGUGGUGCUGCUUUACUGGCAACAAAACCAAAUCCACAAGAAGUCAUUGAUUUUGUUGUGCAUUAA